UCACGAAUGUGUUGCACAACAUUCUUCUGAAAAAAUCAAGAAUGGAUGGAAGAUUUCAAUUUGUGUGAAAUAUUUUAAUAUAAUGCUGGGAUAGAGAUGCAUAUUAAUUUGGUAAUCUUGAUUACCAGUAUUCUAUUGAGGCUUGCAUCUUGCUUGGACAAUGUGUCGGAACGGCUGACUUUAAAGCCUCUUACCAACGGAGAUUGGUUUUUAGCACUUGACGUAUCGGUUAUUUCCCGAGAUGUUGUAGAAUUAUUUGAGAAUCCGGAGGACCCAUACUUUAUUAUGGAUGUUAUGCCCAUCGAUAUCGCUAAAUUGUAUUUAAAGACUAAAUCGCAUUGGUUUGAAGCGAAUUUAUCUUUCGGAGAAUGGAAAGAUUCUAUUUGGGGGCAUAAACCUGAGAUAUUGAUUUCAAACGGGCUUUCUUUGAUGGCUUCUUGGCCAAGUUUGGAUAAGAACGUUGUUAGUGAGCAUUUCAAAUCACUGUGUUAUGGCCUUUGGGGUGUUACUGGUUCUAUGUUUAGUAACCUUGUAAAUGAGGAAUCAUACAUUCAUGACAUCACAGAGUUGUAUGAGAAUGACUAUAAUGACGAUUCUUUACCGAAUUCCACGGUUUUACUAUCAUCGGACUUUGAAGAAAGAGCUUGCCUGGAUACAGUUUAUAAACUGAGGAUGCUCUUACCCUGUUUGUGUACAAAUGGGUUAGUGAGUUUGCUUGGGGAUGAACGAAUGUUUGUACGCUCAUCUUACAGAGGAGUUAAAUUAAGGGUGGAAAUGCUGGAGAACGAUCUUCAUUUUAGAACUCUUGUACAAUUUACUGUUUCACAAUCUAUGUUACCUUCCUCUUUUAGUGGGUUUUUUCCAGAGGGGAAACUCCCGUCUAGAUGCCUUAGUGUUUCUGAGUCCUGGGUUAAAUUUGUGUAUCCAGACUCUUACGAAUUCAAAAAGUACAGUGAACUCACUUUAAUUUAUCCCGAAGACUCAGUUAACAAUAAAUACUCAGAAUUGUUAGCUAAGUUCAGUAAGGGCUACGAGGUUGCAGAGGAUAAUUCGGAGGUUAUUUUCGAGGUUUCAGAACUCGAUAGCAAAUAUCUGCGUGUUUUGAAGCGUGUUCAGUCUUCAUUACUCAUUAGGGUCGAGAAUUUAUCUGACCUAACGAAGAAGCUUUGCAUUCACCAACCACUUCCAUACUGGCUAAAACCUCUUCUACAUUCAAUAAGUGUAGCAGUUGAAGGCCUAACAGACAAUUAUGUACAUUAUAAAUGUAGUUCAGCAAACUGUUUCUCUCGAAACGCACAGUCUAGUCGUAAUUUUAAUAUAUUUCUGGAUAUUUUUGAACAUUUAUUACCCGCCAAAUAUCACAAGCACUUAGUUAAAUUUUUUGAUUAUUUAAAUCCCGUUCCUAAAUUGCCAUUAUCUGAUAGUGAUCCCCUGAUGAUAUACGAUCUUGGGAGAUAUUGGAACAAUUUCGGCAUUUAUUUAUCACUUGAGCCUAAAACUGUAGCAUACAUAUCUGUUGAGUUAUCGAAGGAUAACAUCACCUAUGAGGAUAUUCAUCUAUCCGCACACAGAGGACAGCUUGUCCCUUCAGGAAUAAUUCUGGAUUUAGACAAAUUGAGAAGAUGUACUGGUUUCGACCCGUCUAACCUUGAUUUGGCCGACUUCAGGAGACUAUCCAGCUUCAGUUGUCCCGAUUUUUACUAUUUCAUGACUUCGUUCUUUUCUCACAUUGUGUUACCUGAUAACACUAUGGUAUUCAACGUCAUGGCGUGUGUGGGAGUUGUCUCAGCUCUGAUGUUCGGGUUCGUCUUCAGCACACUCACCAGGGAUUGGGACAAGAUUUACAAGAAUUUUUAAUGUACUUUAAUUUGUUAUAUGUGUA